GUUGACAAUAUUCUGAGCUGGUUACGGGAGGAGAACAGUAUCCUCUCUAUUGUAGAUAUUGUCCUUAAUCAUACGGCGAAUGAGACGAUUUGGUUGGCGGAGGAAGCGGAUGCAACUUAUAACCUGGUAAACUCCGCCCAUCUCCGUCCCGCCUUCCUCCUGGAUAGAGCAUUCGCCAGACUAGGGUUAGAUAUAGGUGAUGGUGUCUGGGUAGAUGCUGGAGUACCUCAAGGUGUUGUUGAAACCUGCCACCAGCUAGAGAUCUGUCAACAGCUCAUCUUUGACAAAUAUCUACCUAGAGUACAGAUAGAACAGCUCUUUCAGGUUGAUGUUGGGAAGUUAGUGGAACAGUUUGCCAGUCUUGUAAAUGCAACUCCAGUGGACGAAUCAACAUCUUCUAUCACAGAUCACCUGAAGAUCAUUCAAGAUACCGAAUACAGGAGAUUUGGUUGCACUGUGGAUCUAGAACUUGCUCUCCGUCUUUUUAACCUUAACCGAUCUGAUGCUGGUUCCGAGGAUCAGAGAAGAGCUCUCUGUGUGAAUGGUUUUAGGGACACCUUGACCUGGUUAAACAAAGUCAAAGGAGAAGAGGUCCAGACCAUCCUCAGGGUAGGGGUGGAGAAUGCAUUCAAGGGAGCAAGGUAUGAACGUAUUGAUCCAGCUGGACCUAGGCAUAAAAAAUGCGAUGCAGCAAAUGAAUUUGUUACUCCAUACUUUACAUGCCCAAGUAAGGAAAGCUUAGAGUCUGAAAUGGAGCUGUUGUACAUGACAGAAGGUGGUCUGUGCAUGGCACAUAACGGAUGGGUGAUGGGAGAUGACCCCCUUAGAAACUUUGCUCUGCCUGGCUCCCAGGUUUACCUUAGGAGGGAGUUGGUGGCUUGGGGGGACUCUGUCAAACUCCGUUAUGGAGACAAACCUGAGGACUCUCCCUUCAUUUGGGAGUACAUGAAAAAGUAUACGGUACAGAUGGCAACUUUGUUUGAUGGAAUCCGUUUGGAUAAUUGCCAUUCUACUCCGCUUCAUGUGGCAAGCUAUAUGCUGGAUGCUGCAAGGAAGGUGAACAAGGACCUAUAUGUUGUUGCAGAACUGUUUACUGGAAGUGAGGAGAAAGACAAUAUAUUUGUUAACAAACUAGGAAUAACUAGUCUAAUUAGGGAAGGAUUAUCUGCCUGGAACAGCCAUGAGCUGGGUCGUUUAGUCUACAAAUACGGCGGGAAACCGGUUGGUGCAUUUUCCACCAGUCAUGGACCACAGCGUUUAACAGGGACAGUUGCCCAUGCUUUGUUCCUUGACUGGACCCAUGACAACCCAAGCCCAGUUGAGAAAAGGACAAUUGAGGACAUGCUACCAUCAGCUGGACUGGUCAGUAUGGCCUCAUGUGCAGUUGGUUCCAAUAGAGGCUAUGAUGAGCUAGUUCCUCAUCACAUUCAUGUUGUUGAAGAGUCCCGGAGCUAUUCCAACCUUUCCCGACUAGAUAUUGAGUCUGGGAUGCUGGUGGCUAGACGAGAGAUAACCAAGCUUCACAUUAGAUUGGCCGAGGAGGGUUACACUGAGGUGUAUGUUGACCAGCUCACUAAGGAUGUUGUAGCUGUAACUCGCCACUGUCCUAAAACCAGAAAGUCAGUCAUAAUGAUUGGUCACACUAGGUUUAAUCACAGCCCAGGGGAGACCAAUAAGGACAUUUGCCUUGAGGUUGAGGGAGAACUAGAUCAGGUUCUUCUGGAGGCUAAAAUGGUAAAGAUUGACGAUAACUUCAUUUUUGAGAAGCAUGACAUAUUUAUUAAUGGAUGUGCAAACUGGCGGGCUGAGGUGAAUAUUGGGAACUCAGAUAUGAUAAAGUUGACCCAGAAGGUUGAUGAGGGGAAGCUGAAGAUUGACCUAAGCUGCUUAAUCUCUGGCAGCUUUGUGGUGGUGGCUGUUAACCCAAUUCAGGAACAUAGAACUGCCCUGAGUGGCCUGGAGCAGCUGGACUAUGGGAAGCUGGAGACUCUGAUUGGUCAACUUGCUCUCAAUGAUAUUCAGUUUGCUCUAUAUCAGUGCAAUGAGGAAGGAAAGGAGUGUGGGUAUGGUGUGUAUGGUAUACCUGGAUACGGAGAUUUAACCUACUGUGGGCUAGCAGGUCUUAUUCCUCUUCUUCGAAAGGUGGCUGAAGAGAAUGAUCUUGGACACCCUCUGGCGGCCAACUUAAGGGCUGGAAACUGGUUGAUGGAGUACAUUUCAGGCAGACUGAAAUCCAGGACAGGGACAGCUGAGCUCGGAGACUGGUUAGAGGUCGGGUUUGGAUUUGUGUCCAAACUACCCCGCUAUCUUGUUCCACGAUACUUCCACUCAAUCAUUUCAAGAGUUUAUCGUUAUCUUGACGAUCAGUCCUUCUCACUGAUGUCUCCAUUUGUCAGCAAAGGUUCCGAUCUAGUGAAAUGUCUUGCACGCGGCACCCCUAUCCAUUUAUCAGCUGUGCGCAGUGCCCCGCUGCCUCUUCUGUCGGCGGAGCUUGUACCUCCGCCGCUGCUACCGCCGCCAACCUUAGCGGCGGGGCUUCCUCAUUUCUCCACCGGAUACAUGAGAUCCUGGGGCCGGGAUACUUUCAUAGCCCUUAGAGGACUUCUUCUCACCACAGGACAGUUCAUAGAAGCAAGGGAUAUCUUGUUAGGGUAUGCCUGCACCCUAAGGCACGGUCUGAUCCCGAACCUGUUGGACGGGGGCAGAAAUGCCAGGUUUAACUGCAGGGACGCUAUCUGGUGGUGGCUGAGUUAUCUGGACUAUAUAGAACUGAAGGAAGGUGGAGAGGAAAUACUUCAACUUCCGGUCAAUCGUCUUUUCCCAUCGGAUAUACAGGAUUGUCCAGUUGAAGAAAAAAUUCAACCUUUACAGGAUGUUAUCAAUGAAGCGCUUUGUAAACACUGGAACGGUCUUGAAUUCCGCGAAUGGAAUGCAGGACAGAAAAUAGACUCCCAGAUGCAGGAUGCCGGGUUCUCCAACCAUAUUGGAACUGAUCAUGUGACAGGGUUUAUCUUUGGAGGAAACACGAGUAAUUGUGGUACCUGGAUGGACAAAAUGGGAAGUUCGGCAGAGGCCGGAAAUAAGGGAGUGCCGAGUACUCCACGGGAUGGGAGUGCUGUGGAAAUCGUUGGGCUCUCCUAUUCUUGUUUAGACUCCUUGGCAAAACUCAGUGUCUAUCCGCACCAGAGCAUAAAGGGAACAGAUGGAGCUGUUACUCUGGAAGCCUGGGCCUCAAAGAUCAAACUUCAUUUUGAGGAUUACUUCUGGGUUGGAUCAAAGGGAGGAGCAAAGGUGGAACCAAACCCUCAUCUAGUGAACUGUACUGGAAUUUACAAGGAUAGCGUCAACAGUGGGCAUAAAUUUACAGACUAUCAGCUCAGGCCUAACUACGUGAUAGCUCUGGCAGUAUCCCCUGGUUUAGUUGACCCUGCACAUGCCUGGCAGUCACUCCAGGUUGUGGCCUCAAGACUGCUUGGUCCUCUUGGGCUAGCGACCUUAGAUCCUCAAGAUUGGGCUUACAGAGGAGAUUAUGAUAACGGAAACGGAAGUGGAGAUCCGCAUGUAGCACAGGGGGCAAACUAUCAUCAGGGUCCGGAGUGGGUGUGGCCGGUUGGAUUCUUCCUACGCGCAUAUAUCAAAAUUGCCGCAAAACUUGGUGAACAGCAGUUGGAUGUUGCUAAGCAGUAUGUUUACACUGUACUGUCCCGACACUACCAGCAUCUACUCUCCUCCUAUUGGCUGGGAUUACCAGAGCUGACCAACAGCCGUGGUCAACAUUGUCGGGAUUCAAAUCCUGUUCAGGCCUGGAGUCACUCUACCCUAUUGGAUACUCUAUAUGACAUUGAACACAAUUUGUUCUAGUAAAUAUUGAUAUUAUGCAGUGUGUCCCGCUUAUCAUGACAAUUUUUUUUUUAAAUUUAAUAUGCAACAUUUAUUUUAAAGAACCCGAAGAUUUUCUACAUGUUAAAAAUCUUUCUACAAGUUAAAAAUCCAUUUCGGAAAGCGGCGCUGCAAUAAAUUUUGUCAAUAAGACGAUCUUUAUAAUCGUCUCUAAAAGGGACUGUAAAGGAUAUAUGAAAGGGGGUAUAGGCUGAAACCUGAGAAUCUCUGGAGUAGAACGAUACCUAU